AUGCCUAAAACGUUAAUAUCCGAUAAUGGGCCACAAUUCAUUUCUCACCUCCUAGCGGAAGUUUGUGACCGCACCGGAAUUAAGCAUAUUCUGACGACGCCAUAUCAUCCUCAGUCGAGUUUUACGGAGGGAGUGAACCGCACCUUGGGUAGGAUGAUUGCGGCAUACAUCGAGGGGAACCAUGGGGAAUGGGACACCCAUGUAUCAGAAUUGGCGCUGGCAUUGCGAACUUCGGAACAGGAUUCGACAAAGUAUACGCCAGCUAAACUACAUCUCGGGAGAGAGAUUGCACUCCCGUGGGACCGCCUGACGUCUUAUCCAAGUCGCCCUACGACUAUUAGAGAAAAAUGGGCAGAAUUGCAACAGAUAAGAAAACAAGCCCGAGACAACGUGCGAACUGCGCAACAAAAACAGAGAAGGGCUUACAAUUUGAGAAGGCGGCCAGAUACAUUCAAGGUGGGUUCAUUAGUUGUCUUAAAAGCUCACCCUAUUUCUUCUUCUAGUCGAUGCUUCAGCGCUAAAUUGGCACCUAAGUGGUCAGGACCUUACGAGAUCGCUAAGAUUAUCUCGCCAGUAGUCUACGAGAUAAAAGAUCCCCACACUGGGGCCAGCCACGGAAGUCAACAUAUCGCUAAUAUUAAGCGAUACACACUUUUUCCGAAGAGGAAAAUUACUACACCCCUACCCGAAACCGAUGGGGGCAACGAUAGAGGAUCACGCUCCGUUACGGGAUCGUCGAUGGAUCACGGAACAUUCUCGCCGUCCAUCGCCGGAGCAAGACCGUCUGGAGUCAUCCAGCGACGAUUACGACCGACACAACGAGUGGAUUACAGACAACUCGCCGGUCUCACAAGGAAGCCGAGAGCUCAAAGAUAG